GCCAAACAGCAGCUAAAAAACUUGCAAUCGGAGAAAGAGUGUGACAAGUCUCACGAGUACCCCAUUACACUUCGCUGUCAUAGUUACUGCUUCUCGUCGCCGGCGGAAUUCAAAACCCAACCGAUCCGUUUUGAGAUCAAGAAUUAGUUCUUUCAUGGCGAAGGAGCAGCACUUACGACCUUGGUUUCUGGAUCUAGUACCGGCUUUGGUUGUUUUCCUCGCCGCAGCUCAUGUCAUCGCCUUGGGUUACUGGAUUUACAGAUUGGCCACUGAUCGUCGAGCUCAGAGUCAGAGAGGCAAAUUUCACUGAAGAAACAUCGAAUAGGGGCAAGAGAAGCGACUAGAAGGUGUAACCAAGGGUAGAAAAUGUCUCCGGAAACCAUUUUAUUUGGCUGGGAAUGGUAUUGAGUAGUCAGCUUUUAAAACAAAGAUCACAAUGUGGCAUUGUAUAGGUUGUAUAAGUUUUGCUUGAUUAAAAAUUGGGGAUAAAUAAAAGAAUCCCUUUUCAUCUCAAGUUUAGAAGAUCUUAAUGUGAUUUAUUCACAAAAAUCAAGCCUUUUCAUUUGCUUAGUUUAUUCUCAUUUUCAUGUUUCUUUAACCAGUUCAUUAAUUUUGCCUUUGUCCUUGCCUCUUGACUUGUGGAAUGUAGUUUUUUUGGUCUUACUUUUGUUUGCUAUUAUGUGACAACUCUUAUUUAAAGCUUGAAUUUGCUGAUA